ACAUCACGUGACGCGGCGCACUCCGUGCUAGAGCGGAAGCUGCCAUGACUUCCACUGCCGGCCAAUCAGAGUGUCGCGUCGCCGCUCCCAGAGAACCACCCGAGUCAUGUGACCGGUGAGGGCGGCACGGCGGGUGAAAUUCAAAAUUGCUGAGCCGUUUGUGUGCAGUGACUGACUGAGCGCUGCUGUCUGACAGGGAGACACCGAGCUGCCGGGCAUCGUACCAUAGUGACCGCGGGCACAAAGCGACAUGGAUCCCUUUACUGAGAAAUUGCUUGAAAGAACACGAGCCAGGAGGGAGAAUCUACAGAAGAAGAUGGCUGAUAGACCCCCAGCUGGUGCACGGUUAGCAGCAGUACCCAAAAGGCCAAGAGAGCCACUUGCAGAGACAAAUCUUCAGCCUCCUACAGCAACUGAAGAAGCUAAACCAUGCUCAAAGCCGUCUCCAUCAAAGAAACGCUGUUCUGAUAACAUUGAAACGCACACAUCGGGUGCUGAGAACAAAGAGCCAAAAAGCCCAGAAAUGUCUAAAGAUAAUAUACACCCUUCUGAGAUUAUAUCUCAUUCGCCUGUAAAGGCCACACCUCAGACUCCACCAAGCUCAUAUCUUUCCAAUAAAGAGCCACAGAGACCGAAUUCUGAAGACCGUACUGCUUCCUCAAUGAAGUCUCGUAUGCAGAAGCUGGCAGAACAGAGGAAUUACUGGGAUAAUGAUGGUAGUCCACCAAAUUCUCCACCGCUUUUCAACCUACCUAAGGAAACUGUGCCUUCCCCUCCAAAACCAGAUGCAGUCAACUUGCACACCCCUGUAGGCCGUCGAGGACGGUUAGCCAACCUUGCUGCAACAGUUUGCUCCUGGGAAGAUGACCUAAGUCAUCCAUGUGUUAAACCAAACAAUGCACAAGAAAAGCCUGGCACUGCUUGUUUAUCAAAAGUGUCCACUGCCAGUUCAGCAUCUGCCGGCAUCAAUAGUCACAGUGUAAGGCAGGAAGCUGUGUCCUGUUCUGAAAGACCUUCUGUGAAUAAGGCAGCAGCCUCUGGCACAUUGAGUACACAUUCAGAGGCAAAAUCAUCAAGUUCCACUAUUGCGUCAUCAAAUAUUACAGAAAAAUUAAAGCCAUUGGAGGUUAAGCCAUCAAGCAUUGCUCCUUCCAAGCUUAAAGAGCAGGACUUACCACCAGCACAAGUUGUAAAACCCUUGUCCACUAAUGUAACUACCUCACAAAAGAUAGAGCGGCCAACCUCAAAGAUUUUCCCAGCACAUCAAGUGGUGUCGAGAGAGGAGAUUGGUAGGGUGACACCUUUACAACAGGACAAGACUGCUACACCAGGUGGACCAGGAAUUAAAUCAUUUCUUGAGCGUUUUGGAGAGAAGUGUCAAGAACGCAGCCCAGCACCUGCAAAUCCUGCCUUAAAAUCGGUUGUGUUGACUCCAACCACUAAAAGUAUCCAUGAAAGACUAUUAAAGCAAAAUGAUGUUUCCAGUACUGCUAGUUUAACACAACAGCAGAAAAAGGAACGUGAGCGAGAACUUGCAGCCCUACGUGGCAGGUUUGAUAAGGGCAGUGUAUGGAAUCCAAACAAAGAGGACGAGUCUAAAAUAAAACAGCAGGACACACAGCGGGACAUUCAUACUCAUCCUGCCACCUCUCUCAAGCCACCAAAGCCAGAUGUAACCUCCCGGCCAGCAGUGGAGAUUGUACCUGAAAUACCAGAGGUCACAAAAGGUGUAUCCCAUCCGAAAAUGGCAGAGCAUGUUUCCUUCCCUGACAAAAGGGUACAGCCUUCUGCUGUUGCCUUGGAGAAGUCUGCAUCAGAUGCACAGCAUAAUAAAGUGGAACUGGUAAAAGAGAUUGAGAUGAGUGUGGAUGGAGAUAUUGAUGAGAUUAACAGUUCAGAAAUAAUCACUAAUGCAUUUACCGAUGCUCUUGAAGAUGAGGAUGAUGAAGUAACUAUAAGAUCACCAAAGCAAGUGGAAAAAGUCAGUGAUGUUGAGAAUGAUGGGGAAAGAGAGGAUUUUGAAGAUGAAGAGGAUGCACUUAACAUUUCAUCAAUGUCUUUGCUAAAUCCAUUAGCAGAGACUGUUGGUGUUGGAAGUCCAGAAGGACUUCUGUCUUCUGCCAAAGUUUCUGUUGAGAGAGAUGCAAGUGAUAGUCCCCGAUCUGUAAAGUUCCAGAGGUCCAGAGUCCCCAGAGCGGAAUCCAAGGACAGUUUUGUAUCCACGGAGGAAAAUCAAAAUCUCUUGUACAGCAUUGAUGCAUAUAGAUCUCAAAGAUUCAAAGAGUCGGAGCGCCCUCCAGUGGUGCAAACAAUUGUCCGUAAAGAAGACCUUUCUACCCGAAUGGAGGAUAAAAAAUCUGCAUCUCCGCGACCUGUAAACAUAAAACAAAAAAUGAAGGUCCUGAAUAAUGAGAUAAAUAUGCAGCAAACUGUGAUUCAUCAAGCUAGCCAGGCUCUUAAUUGCUGUAUAGACGAGGAGCAUGGAAAAGGAUCGCAAACAGAAGCGGAAGCUGAGCGAUUGCUUCUAGUAGCUACUGAAAAAAGAGCAGCGUUGCUUGCAGAGAUAAACAAAUUGAAGAGUGAAGGGCCACAAAAGAAGCCAGCUUCCCAUGGCAGCACUCCAUCAAGAGGUCUUAUAUCUGUUUCAGAAAUGUUUUUGCCCCUAAAGGCAGAUUUUGUCUGCAAUACCUCUCAAAGACCAGAUUCCGCAAACUACUACUUUUUCAUAAUUAUUAGAGCAGGAGCAGAAAACAUGGUGGCAACCCCUCUUGCAAACAUUUCAACUUCCAUGAAAGGUGAUGCACUGGCGUUUCCAACUGUAUUUACUCUAGAAGAUGUGUCUAAUGACUUUGAAAUCUGCAUUGAUGUGUACAGCUUGGUACAAAGAAAAGAAGGCGUUGCAUCGGAUAAGCGGAAAAAGGCAGUGAAGUCCAAGCUUGUCUGCAGAGCCACACGCGUUUCUGUGUUUCGCCUAUUACAGAAAAUUAUCUAUUUGGCAAUCACUCCAAAAAGGCUUCUGACGUCAAUCACAAAGAGCAAUGUUCAUACACCAGCCAUGGCUAGUCCAGGAGGUCCGAAUGCUGUCCGUACCAGUAAUUUUGUUCUUGUUGGAUCUCACAAGCUCACUCUGGCUUCAGUGGGUAGCAACAAAUUCCUAUUGGACAAGGUUCCUUUUUUGGCUCCUUUAGAAGGUCACAUUUAUCUGAAAUUCAAGUGCCAAGUAAAUUCCUUUGUUGAAGAAAAGGGCUUUUUGACUAUGUUUGAAGAUGUCAGUGGUUUUGGGGCUUGGCAUCGGCGUUGGUUCGCAUUGUCAGGUUAUUGCAUAUCUUACUGGACGUAUCCGGAUGACGAGAAACGGAAGAAUCCUAUUGGCAGAAUUAAUUUAGCUAACUGCACAAGUAGAAAAAUAGAACCUGCCAAUCGAGAAUUCUGUGCCAGACCCAAUACAUUUGAACUGAUUACAGUUCGUCCACAAAGAGAAGGUGAACGCGAAACACUAGUCAGUGAAUGCAGAGACACCCUUUGUGUCACAAAGAAUUGGCUAUCAGCAGACACUAAGGAUGAAAGAAAUCUCUGGAUGCAAAAGUUGAACCAGGUCCUUGUGGAUCUCCGCAUGUGGCAACCAGAUGCCUGUUAUAGGCCAAAUAACAAGGCUUAAAUUGUGGAUGUUUACAGAAGAUUGCUAUUCAUUGUACAGCAUCUCCAUUAAUUUUCUAUGUGUGUUCUACUGUGCUGCAAGCUUUCCAAACACACACACUCCUAUAAAGCCGACUGCUGCACAUUUCCCCAAAUAGAAUUACAAUGUUUUAUUUAUUGUUCAACUUUAUGCAUUACUAUUAGGCUGCUUAGUAGUUUUGUUUGGGAGAAUAUCAGGGAGAUGGUGAUGCAGUGAGAGUAGUUACAAAUAAAACUUCUAAGGGACAGUGCAUAUACCUAUUAUUAUUGAGCUCUUUCUUGUGCUUGUUUGAGCGAUGAAACUGUGCCCUUUUGGGAGCGCUUUACCUUCCUUCUACCUUAUGUGCAAUAUAAACAAAUUACUUCUGUUAUUUUAA